GCACAUAUAUCAACUUAUUUUAUAUAAAUUAUUUCUAAUAUGAUUACAAUACUAAUAAAUAUUAAAUAGUUAAACGAAAAAUUGGACAAUUUGAUAAAAAAAACUAUCGGUCCCACAGUGCACUUUCACAUGAGCUGGCAAAAUGGCUUCCGAAGUCUCACGAUUGUUUUUAGCGGCUAAUAUUCUGUUAUUUCUCGUGCAGGUGCUCGCUGGUCGAGACUUUUACCAAAUUCUUGGUGUUCCACGUUCCGCAACUAAGAACCAAAUCAAGAAAGCAUACAGGAAGCUAGCAAAGGAAAUGCACCCAGAUAAGAACAAGGGUGAUGAGGAGGCAGAAGAGAGAUUCCAAGAUUUGGGUGCUGCAUAUGAGGUGUUAUCUGAUGAUGACAAGAGGAAGAUAUAUAACAAACAUGGAGAAGAAGGAUUAAAUAAAGGUGACAUGAAUGGAGAUCCUUUCUCAAGUUUCUUUGGAGGAUUCUCUCCAUUUGGAGGAUUUGGUGGACAACAGGAACAGGAGAUUCCCAGGGGUGGUGAUGUCAUAAUGGACCUUGACGUUACCCUUGAAGAGUUAUAUACAGGAAACUUUGUUGAAGUUGUAAGAUAUAAGCCGGUGGCUAAACCUGCAUCUGGAACACGAAAAUGUAAUUGCCGUCAAGAAAUGCAGACAAUACAGCUAGGUCCUGGUAGAUUCCAAAUGAUGCAGAAAGAAGUCUGUGAUGACUGCCCUAAUGUCAAAUUUGUGAAUGAGGAGAAAGUGUUGGAGAUAGAGAUUGAACCUGGCAUGAGAGAUGGUCAGGAAUAUCCAUUUGUCUCUGAAGGUGAACCACAUAUAGAUGGCGAACCUGGUGAUCUACGAUUCCAGAUCAAACAGUUACCGCAUAAAAAGUUUGAAAGAAGAGGCGAUGAUCUGUACACUAACGUAACAAUCAGUUUACAAGAUGCUCUCACUGGCUUUGAUAUGAAAAUAAAACAUUUAGAUGGACAUAAAGUACACAUAGUUAGAGAAAAAAUAACUUGGCCUGGUGCCAGAAUUCGCAAGAAGUCUGAAGGAAUGCCUAAUUUUGAAAAUAAUAAUGUAAAAGGCACACUUAUAAUAACAUUUGAUAUAGACUUUCCUAAAGGAGAACUUAGUGAUGAAGAUAAAGAAGGUUUAAAAAAAAUAUUGGAUCAAUCCACGAAAACAACAGUAUACAAUGGACUGAGAGGCUACUAACACCAGUGAACUUAGGAGAAUAAAUUAUCAACCCUUUUAACAGCUAAAUUAUGCAAUACCACCUCAGCCUUG